GGGAGAAUGAAGUUCGUGUACAAAGAGGAGCAUCCGUUCGAGAAGCGCCGCUCUGAGGGCGAGAAAAUCCGAAAGAAAUACCCAGACCGUGUUCCGGUGAUAGUGGAAAAAGCUCCCAAAGCUCGGAUAGGAGAUUUGGACAAAAAGAAAUACCUGGUGCCUUCAGAUCUUACAGUGGGUCAAUUCUACUUCUUGAUCCGGAAGCGAAUUCAUCUCCGUGCUGAGGAUGCCUUGUUUUUCUUUGUCAACAAUGUUAUUCCACCCACCAGUGCCACGAUGGGUCAGCUAUACCAGGAGCACCACGAGGAAGACUUCUUUCUAUACAUCGCCUACAGUGAUGAAAGCGUCUACGGUCUGUGAAGCUGCUGUCCCUGAGGUGGGGGGUUCCAUUCUACAAGGAGAGGUGGCGCUCCUUCCUUGACAUCUACUUCCUCCUUCAGGCGAAAACACCAUCUCCUUCUUCAGGACCUGCACUUACUGUUUGCGGCUGUUUCUCCUGUCCCUCUCAGCAGGAGGGGUAGUGGUGGACACAGUCUCUGUACGUCUCCUUUCUCUCCCCUCGUUCGCCCUCAUUCCCACUCUGCUUUAGACUUCUUGAUUGUCAAUCUCUGUCACAUCCGUUGAUUGUUUUGGUUUCUAUUCCCUUUCUAACUGCCCAAGCAGGCUCCCUUCCUUUCAGUACCUUCUUUUUGGGGGGUAGAUGGAAGGGAUUAACAUUGUCGGGGGGAGGUAGGAGGCACAUCAAUAAAGAAGAAACCACCGAGCUGAACUGAA